CGUAGCGCGAGCGCAGCCUGUCAUCCAGACACCCUGCUGCCGCUCUGUCCGGUCCUGUCCUGUCCUGCUCCGGGGUGAAAGAAAGACCAAGAAAGCUGGACUACAGCGACAGCCACACAUCCGCAUGAGGGACUUAAAAUCUGUCACUGUCUCCUCGCACGUACAUUUUGCUGUCUGACGGAUACGAGUUCCGUGCUGACUGGAGGUAAGCCAUGGAGGAUGGGAAGCCAGUAUGGGCGCCCCACCCCACCGACGGGUUCCAGCUAGGCAUGAUCGUUGACAUAGGAGCCAACACGCUCACCAUAGAGCCACUGAACCAGAAGGGCAAGACCUUUCUUGCUCCAAUGAGCCAAGUCUUCCCGGCAGAGGAUGAUGUCAACAAACACGUAGAUGACAAUUGUUCCCUUAUGUACUUGAACGAAGCCACACUCCUGAACAAUGUUAGAGUGCGGUACAGUAAAGACCACAUUUAUACUUAUGUGGCCAAUAUCUUGAUAGCUGUGAAUCCUUACUAUGACAUCCCCAAACUGUACGGCCCUGAUGCCAUCAAGUCGUACCAGGGGAAAUCACUUGGCACUCUGCCGCCUCACGUUUAUGCUAUAGCCGACAAAGCCUACAGGGACAUGAAGGUUCUGAAGAUCAGCCAGUCCAUCAUAGUUUCUGGUGAAUCCGGUGCUGGAAAGACUGAAAACACCAAGUUUGUUCUCAGAUAUCUGACCACAACAUAUGGAAGUGGUCAAGAUAUUGACGAGAGAAUUGUAGAAGCAAAUCCCCUACUUGAGGCUUUUGGAAAUGCAAAAACAGUCCGGAAUAAUAACAGUAGUCGCUUUGGGAAGUUUGUGGAAAUCCACUUCAAUGACAAGAACGCAGUCGUGGGUGGAUUUGUCUCCCAUUACUUGUUAGAGAAAUCGAGGAUUUGCAUGCAGAGUAACGACGAGAGGAACUACCACAUCUUCUACAGGCUGUGUGCUGGGGCAUCUGAGGACAUCAAGAAGAAGCUGCACCUAGACUCUCCAGACAGUUUCAGGUAUCUGAACCGAGGAUGCACCAGAUACUUUGCCAGUAAGGACUCUGAUAAACAAAUCAUGCAGAAUCGCAAGAGUCCUGAGCAUCAAAAGGUCGGUGCUCUGAAGGACCCUCUUCUUGACGACCAGGGCGACUUCAACAGGAUGUGUGUGGCCAUGAAGAAGAUUGGUCUGGAUGACACUGAGAAGCUGGACCUGUUCAGAGUGGUUGCUGGUGUUCUGCAUCUGGGCAACAUUGACUUUGAAGAAACAGGGAGCUCCUCGGGUGGUUGUGUCCUAAAAAAUCAGUCAGGCGAGACUCUGGAGUACUGCGCUGAUCUGCUUGGGCUGGACCAGGACGAUCUGCGUGUCAGCCUCACCACAAGGGUCAUGCUCACUACAGCAGGGGGCGCCAAAGGAACAGUUAUCAAGGUGCCUCUAAAGGUGGAACAAGCAAACAAUGCCCGCGAUGCCCUGGCCAAGGCAGUGUACAGCCGCCUCUUCGAUCAUGUGGUCAAACGAGUAAACCAGUGUUUCCCCUUCCAGACUUCCUCCAACUUCAUCGGGGUGCUGGACAUCGCUGGGUUUGAGUAUUUUGAGCACAACAGCUUUGAGCAGUUCUGUAUCAAUUACUGCAACGAGAAGCUGCAGCAGUUCUUCAACGAGCGUAUUCUAAAAGAGGAGCAAGAACUGUAUCAAAGGGAAGGGCUGGGAGUGAAUGAGGUGCAUUAUGUUGACAAUCAGGACUGCAUAGACCUCGUUGAAGCAAAGCUGGUGGGAGUCCUGGACAUUUUGGAUGAAGAGAACCGGCUUCCUCAGCCCAGCGACCAACACUUUGCACUGGCUGUUCACAGCAAACAUAAAGACCACUUCAGACUGACGGUUCCCCGGAAGUCAAAGUUAACCAUUCACAGGAAUCUCCGAGAUGAUGAGGGCUUUAUCAUCCGGCACUUUGCUGGAGCUGUCUGCUAUGAAACGACUCGGUUUGUGGAGAAGAAUAACGAUGCCCUCCAUAUGUCCCUGGAGAGCUUAGUGUGUGAAUCAAAAGACAAAUUUGUUCGAGAGCUGUUUGAGAACUCCAACACCACCAAGGACUCCAAACAGAAGGCAGGCAAACUCAGCUUCAUCAGCGUUGGCAACAAGUUCAAGACCCAACUGAACCUGCUGCUGGAGAAGCUGCGCAGCACUGGCUCCAGUUUCAUCCGCUGUGUGAAACCCAACCUGAAGAUGGUCAGCCACCAGUUUGAAGGAGCUCUGAUUCUCUCACAGCUUCAGUGCUCAGGCAUGGUGUCAGUGUUGGACUUGAUGCAGGGAGGGUUCCCCUCCCGAGCCCCCUUCCAUGAACUCUACAACAUGUAUAAACAGUACAUGCCGGAUAAACUUACACGACUGAAUCCACGACUCUUCUGCAAGGCAUUGUUCAAAGCUCUGGGACUUAAUGACAAUGACUUUAAGUUUGGACUGACCAAAGUGUUCUUCCGUCCUGGAAAGUUUGCUGAGUUUGACCAGAUCAUGAAGUCUGAUCCAGACCACCUCGCUGAGCUGCUGGAGAAAGUCAACAAGUGGUUGGUGUGCAGCUGCUGGAAGAAAGUCCAGUGGUGCGCCCUGUCCGUCAUCAAACUUAGGAACAAGAUGAGUUACAGAGCUUUGGCCUGUAUUAAGAUUCAGAAGAGUGUCCGCAUGUGGUUGUGUAAGAAAAAGCAUAAACCACGCAUCGAUGGUAUGGUAAAGGUUCGAAACCUGAAGAAACGCAUGGAGCGGUUCAAUGAGGUGGUAAACGUGCUGAAGGAGGGCAAACAGGAGAUGGCCAAGCAGGUCCAAGAGUUGGCCGCCUCCAUAGACGCUCUGUUAGCCAAGAUAAAGGCCACAGUGAUGACCUGGAAAGAGAUUGACACAGAGUACCAGGGGCUGGUGAAACGCUCAGAGCAGCUGCUCUCUUCCAUGCAAAAGAAGAAGCAAGAGGAGGAAGAGAGUGAGAGGCUGAAGCACAUCGAGGAGGAGAUGGAGAAAGAGAGGAAGAGGAGGGAGAAGGAAGAGCAAAAGCGCAAACAGGAGGAAGCGGACAGAAGGAUGAAAGCAGAGAUGGAGCUGAAGAGGAAGCAGGAAGAAGAGGAUAGAAAAAAGAGAGAGGAAGAAGAGAAAGUUACACAGGCGGAGCUGGAAUUCCAGCUGGCUCUGGAGCGUGAGGAGCAGGUCCAGCGUGCCACUAUAGUGGAGCAGGAGAGAAGAGACAGGGAGUUAGCCAUGAGAAUCGCCCAGAGUGAGGCGGAGCUGAUCACUGAGGAGGGGCAGAUGGAUGCUAGCCUGCGCAGAGAUGAGACUUUUUCAGAUCUUCCUAUCUCCUCAUCCUCAGCCAGAGCUGUGGGUCCUCAGGUACAGGCAACCAAAGCUGCUGCUGGUGUGAAAAAGUAUGACCUCAGCAAGUGGAAGUAUGCUGAGCUGCGAGAUGUCAUCAACACUUCCUGUGACAUUGAGCUGCUGGCGGCCUGCAGAGAGGAGUUCCACCGUCGUCUGAAAGUGUAUCACGCAUGGAAGUCCAAGAAUAAGAAACGCAAUGAUGACGGAAGUGAUCAGAGGGCUCCUAAAUCUGUCACUGACUAUGCUGAACAGAACCCAGCUCCUCCGAUGACGGCCCAGCAUCAGGAAGUGGCCAUGAACCGCCAGCAGCGAUAUUUCCGCAUUCCUUUCAUCAGGCCCGCUGACCAGUACAAGGACCCCCAGAAUAAAAAGAAGGGCUGGUGGUACGCCCACUUUGAUGGGCCCUGGAUAGCCAGACAGAUGGAGCUUCACCCAGACAAACGGCCCAUUGUGUUGGUCGCAGGCAAAGACGACAUGGAGAUGUGUGAGCUGAGUCUGGAGGAGACGGGCCUGACCAGGAAGAGGGGGGCAGAGAUCCUGCCCAGGCAGUUUGAAGAAAUCUGGGAACGCUGUGAUGGAAUUCAGUACCUCAAGAAAGCCAUUGAGAACAAGCAGGCCCGCCCCACAUACGCUACCGCCAUGCUCCAGAGUCUCCUCAAAUGAACCAGAGCGCACAAGAUAAGCACACAACCACCAGCUUAGUCCAGAAACAUGACACUAAUACACACAGUCAAACACAAACAGGGCAGGGCAGCACAGUGUACCUGGGAUGAAAAGAAGUUUCCACAGAGGAAGAUGCUGAAUCAUCUUCCUUUUAACUACCUGUAUGUUGUUAAGUUUCACUUUUUAUAUCUUUAUUUUGCAGUGGAACACCUUAUUGGUGUAGGGUUAGCAUUUGUGUUCAGUCUUCUUCUCAGUCUAUGCUUGAAUGCAAUAUCCCACUGUGAGGCCUUAAAAUGCAAUAUCACUGCACAACACCAAUAAGUCUUAAUUGGUGCAUAGCCUGUCUACAGUAACUGUCAACCUGAAACCUUAAUGGUCUGCAAUAAAAAACUUGACUUUUAGAGAAAAUGUGUAGAGACAUUUAAUGGUGUCUUCUCUUUCAAGUAAUACAUGAUAGUCGUAUGAAUAUUAAGACCAUAAUUAGCAUUCAGUGUCUAUAAAUACAUCUGAUUUGAUUAGAAAGAAUUGAAUUUUUCACACACAUGCAGUUUUUCUUUCUGUACUUAAAUGUGACAAUCAUGGAUAGAAGGUCAUACAACUAAGAGAGAGAAAAAACGUUAUAUUUAUAAAACUUAUAUAAUCUUAUACUUUAUUUUAUAAUGAGUAAAAUAUAAAGGAUUCAAAUAUUAUUUCAUCCUCUAUGUACUACAAAUGUGACUACAUCAAAUGGAACAAAAUUCAUGUGGCUAAUUCUUGAAUCUUUUUUUAUCGUGUAGUUGAAGAAUGUAUUUUUCUUCCAGAAUAACCUUUUAAAAAAUAUUUAUUCAUUGGAAGAAGUGCUUAUACCACCUUAGAAGUCUUGUCUUUUUAUCCAUCCAUCAUUUUCUCAGCUCACACUCACACCUUUGUUGACUGCUGAAAUCCUUGAAAAGUGACACUCUUUUGUAUUGUUGUUUAUUUGAUAUUCAAGAAGGGAAGUGUAGAAGUUUGUUUGCAGUUUUGUGGCUUUGGGGUUGUUUUACAGACAAUAAUGUAAUUUGCGUGUGUGCUUGUGUUACGUGUGUUUGUUCAAGUAAUAUUUUAUGAAGCUGAUUAUUUGACUCCUCUGUUGGUCGGGUCGUGAACAUUCCAGUCAUCUCAUUGGACAAUCAAACACUACAUUUGUUUAGACUCACAACUAUUUAGUGAAAAGAUACAGUCAACUGUAACUAAUGAUUCAUAUGUUCCCUUUUUGAUUGUCUGUUGUACUUUGGCCUUUGCACUGGACUAAUUUAGAAAAUAAAUGAUUGCCCCCA